AUGGAGGAGAUCGCGGCUCAGCCCCCUCCUCACGUCACCCCCUUCCCCUCCCACCGAAGCCCGGCUCCCCCGCCCCCUUCCCCAUGGCGCUGCCGGCUCCGCCGGCUCGCUCCCCCCUCGCCUCGGUUUCCCCACCCCGCCCCCUCCUCGCCAGCCUCCUUCCGCAGCCGCAGCCUCGGCGGCCCCGCCCCUCCUCUGUUCUCCGCUCCCGCCUCAGCCGCAGCCGCAGCUGGGCUGCUGUGCGCAUUGACCGCUGCCCCGCCCCGCCUUUGUGUGGUGCGCAUCCGGGGGCCUGCGCGCCCGCCCCGCUCCCCUCCUGGCCCUGCGCCUGGGGCGGAGCGGGCCUUCCCCGGGCGGGUGCUCAGUCCCGCGGGGCGUCCGGCUUCUUGUUUUGCCGGCUUGCUCUCCGCAUCCCUGGCUGCCUUUGUCAUCCCCGCUGUGGCAUUUUGUUUACUGGAAAACACCCCAGGAAAAGGGCCGCGGGCCAUGCUACUUUCUUCAGCUUUAGGUACAUCCACUUACAAGUUUUCUGCAAAGGAGACUGUCAAGAUGUUCAGUCAGGAAAAUUCAGGGUAUGAUGCAGCCGCUUUAAACAGACAUCACUGACCUUGGCAGGUCCCUUUUAUAGGAGAAUGGACAGAAAGCUGGUUCCUACAAGAAGACAAGAAGAGGAAGAUGCUGAGAAGCUGUCCUAGAGAUGGCUGGAGCAAAUACCAAGGACAAGAGGACUUCAUUGAUGGUGUUCCCUGCCAGACAGCUGUAUAAGAAAAGACUUUUUGAUUCUUAAAGGGACAAUUACACUAUUGUUUUCUUUUGGGUCUCUGUAUCUGCAUUUAUGAAGGGACUGCUCCUUUGAUUUGUCAAUGUUUAGAUUAAUGCCUAUAUUUACUUAAAGGGGUGAUGAUUAGAGAGAGAAGAAAAAGAGCAAAGAAAAAUUUGAAUUAUUUAAUGUGAUUGUGAAACGUACCAAGAGUGCCAAUAAAGAUAUCAUAAGAAUGAUGAUUUCUAUAUGUGAUGAUAUGAAGAUGCAAUUGAUGUUAUAUGAAGUUUAUAGUUUAUAUUACAAAAGUUAUUACUGUUUCUAAAUUGUAUUGUGUUUCUAAAAUUUUUAGAUUGUAAAAUUUGAGAGGAAUUGUUGUCCUACUCCUGGUAUGUCCCCCCACAAUGCAACUAAUUUGACCUAAAUUCUUCUUCCUCCUGGGACAACGAGGCAAACAUCUGGGAGUACAAGUAUAUGAUGAUUUAAAAGGAACAAACGAGCCAUUGAUACCUCUAUUGCUAGCAUGGGAAAUGCAAAUGGAUGGGGAGAUACUUGGCCCCCUGAAAGGAUCAUAAAGGAAUAUGGACCUGCUACUUGGGCACAAGAUGGGAGCUGGGGAUAUCAGACCCCGACAUAUAUGCUUACAUGGGACAAACCAUUAGAGAUAUUAAUGAGGAAAUUCGAAAGAUUGCCCAUGUUCCAGUACAGACCUGGUCCUCUCCAUUUAAUAUUCCCUGGUGGUCCUGGUUUGGGGGAUCUUGAUGGAAGCAGGUAUUAUGGUUUGUGUUAAUAGCAAUAAGUGGAGUCAUGCAACUCCCACUGUGUGUCCCUUGCAUGGUGCAAUUAAUUAUUACUACUGUACAAAAGACCCUCUCUAGAAUGAUUACAUCAAACAAACCUGUCAGUGAGUCUAUUAGACUAAUGAUGUUAAGGAAUCAAGGGUGGAUGACGGUCAAUCAGGAAGAAUGAGGGCCCGAUUUUGAUGAAAUAGCAAAUAGGGAAGCUGAAGAAACUUACCAGUUUUGGUGUGAGAGACUUUCAAUUAUGAAGUGAGAGGGGGGAACUGUAUGGGACAAAUGAAAGUUUCUCAUGUAAGAUGUAAGCUAUGCUCCAUAAAUGUAGUAAGGCUUCAGCAUGAG